UUAAAUAAAAUCAAUCAUAAACUAAAAUAAAUUAAUAAAUAAAUAAAAAAAUAAAUUACUAUUCAAUAGUUUUUAUCAAAAGUGAACAAUUUUAUAGCAUAGCCAUUUAACUAACAAUAAAGCUAAAAAGCUUUGCAUUCUAGAUCUAUGAGUGAAUAAAUGAUUAUUGUUCCAAACCAAGUUUUAAAAUAGCAGCAAUAAUAGCAAGUAUCUAUUUAGUAACCACCCACGGUUUAAUAUGUUAAUCAAAUCUCUAAAGAUCCUAAUACAGUUUAUAUUCAAUCUCCAGUUAUCAGAAAAUCUAUUAAUACUCCAAAUUCUUAUGGCCAAUAAUAAUUCUUUUAGUAAUCAUUGUAGUCACCUAAAAUUGUAGAAUUCUAAGGUAGACAACAACCUACUUAGAAUUAGUUUAAGCAAUAGAUAAAUCCUAAUAGGUCUCCAAAUUUUAGCUCUAUCUUAUAAUCUAUAUAAAAUGGACCAGUAAGAGUUAUUGCAGACCAAGAAUUAACUGGAACUCCUGUUGUAAGAUAAGCUGCUUAAUCAUAAUAUUAAGUUCAGCCUAUCUAACAAAAUUAAUUACCAACUCAAGUUGUUACUUAUGGAUAACCAGUACAGUAGCUGUAAAGCUAAAAUUCUGUUGCUUAUGCAUCAUAACCUAUAGCCCUUGCUAAUUCAGUAUUUUAGUAGAUCUAAAAUUAGUAAUAAAGUUUAGUUUAGUAAGAGUAAGAAAAAUAUCAAACACCUGGUAUAUUUUAGUUAGCAAAUUAAAAUCCUUAGCAGGCAAAGUAAUAAUAACAGCAAAGAAAUUUAACUAGAAGGUAGUCUCUAUAAAAUUUGCAAAGUUAUUAAUAGUUUUAUCAGUCUUAAUAGCAGCAAAAUUAGAUAUCCUAAGAAAAAUAAGACGAUGUACGUAGUAGCUUAAAUGGAAACCUAUAAAAAUAACCUAUUAUAGUUAGUGUAAGAUAAAGUAAUUUGCAAGGUAGUAACAGAAAUGCUGUUUAAGAUGAUAGCUAAGGACCUUAAGUUAUUUAAUAAAGCUAAUCGUAUAGCAAUUAUAACCUACGUCCUCAAGAAUAAUAGAUGACCUCAAACAGAAUAUCAGAAGUAGCAGGACCUGCAAUUUAAAAUUACACUUAAGUUAGCUUAUAAAGCUAAUCUUAGCAGUAAAAUAAUAAUGAUAAAAAGCAUAUUGUAGUUAAGGAAAGAGUACAUGUUGUUUAAGAUAGAGCUAAAAUUGAAGAGUUAGAAGCUAAAAUAAAGUCUCUUCAAGAAAGCAUUGAGCUACAAAAUAAAGCAGUCCAUUCAAAAGAAUCAGAAAUUGCUGAUUUAUAUACAAGGCUAUUAGAAAUCGAUCACCUAAAAAGAGCUAAAGAGCGUAUUGAAUAAGAAAAUUAGUCUUUGAAGUUAUAAAUUGAAGAAUGGUAAAGAAGAUACAAUGUGCUUGAACUUUAGGCAUUCGAUAAGCCAAAAACCUAGUUCAUAGCUACUGGAUAUACAGCUUAUGAUGCUGAGCGUUUAUAUAACUCUCUUAAGAUUAAAUAAGAAGAGAAUGAAGCACUUAAAACUACAAUAGCUAGGUUAGAACUAAAUUAAGGCUAAGAUAAAAUUUUAAAAGAAGAAAUAUAAAGGUUAACUGACUUAGUAGAUUUAAAAACAAGGUAGUGUGAAGAAUGGAAGGCAAAGUAUAUGAAUCAAGAAAUACUAAAUAAUAAGUAUAAAAUUAGACAAGAAUAUUAAGAUUAGAUAAUCAGUGGAACUUUAAAGGACAACGUUUAGGUUAAUUCUGAGACUCCAAAAAUGUCUAUGAUUUUUAACGAAAAUGGAGUGUACAGCAAUGUAAAAGAUGUUACUUAGCUUGCUAGGUUGGUUCAUGAAAAAGAUGAAACACCUAAAAGAAGUGCAAACUCAGUAACAUAUAAUACUUCAGCUUUAUUUAAAAAGAAAAAUGAAUUGAGUAGCCCUACUAAUGCUGCUAUCUUAGGAACAACUUCUUAUAUAGAUGAUUUAAAAUAAAGUAAAAAAUAAAAGAAUUUUAAUUGA